GCUUCGUUGGUUCGAAAAGCAGACUGUCACCAACUCAGCAUGAAGAGAGACCAGAUGAUGAAUCGACUACCAACGCAUUGAGCUUCUAGCGCUGGAGGAAGACCAGGCAAUGAACAUGUCCGCGGAAAGCUCAGGACUUUCAUCAAUUUCGCCGUUCCAGGAAUACGAAUCAGAGGCCAUCCAUGGCAACGAAAGGCCUGCAAAGAGACAGAAGGUCGCUGCAGCGUGCGAUCAAUGCAGGGAGAAAAAGAUCAAGUGCGAUGGACGGAAACCGUUGUGCCGACCUUGCGAGCGAAGAUACGGCGUAGCAGCUCAUUGUGAAUGGGGCUUGAGAAAGACGCGCAGUAUCGGCGCCUCCAAACUGGAGAUUAUGCGCCUGCAGUCCCGGAUCGAUGAAUUAGAAAGGUCGGGUCGACGGUCGAAUCGCCCAGAGAGCACCGACCAACCCUCGACGCCUCAAUCGACGUCAGAUCGAAACCAUGACAGCGGCGCAAAUGCAAUGAUGGGGCUGAUGGAAGAAGGCGAACCCGGUGAAGCGGGCGUGGUUGGCGACUCGAGCGCUGCGAGCUUCAUGAACCGCAUUAAAGCCGCCCUGGAUCAGCAGCUGACUCCCGAUUCCGCCCAACAAGCAUACUCUACAGUGUCACCGGUGGCGACCGGAUCGCAUCGACAAAGACGGUUCAAAACCCCCGAUUAUGUCCUUCCUCCUAGACAACAGGCAGACCGCCUGCUGGAGGUAUAUUGGAGGAUCGUUGAUCCCCUGUAUCCUUUCGUUGACAAGGAUGAUUUCAUGGGCAAGUACCAGACUCUCUGGACUGGAAACCCGACAAUGGACGAUGAGGUCUGCUUCAUAUGUCUUCUCAACGCCAUCUUCGCAAUUGCCUGCAUUUUGGACUCAUCUAUCCGCCCUCCGGAUCGCGUCAAUUCUGGUGAAGUCUUUUACAAACGCGCUUUGGUACAUUUUGACCUCGAGUUUCUGCAACACCGCUCCGUGCACACUGUUCAGUGCCUUCUUCUCCUCGCACAGUACCUCCAGAGCACCAGCGAGCCGCAGCAGUGCUGGCUCUUCGCGGGCCUGGCUACCAGGAUCGCUCAAAGCCUUGGGCUCGAUCUACCAGCCACCAGUGCCCGGCCUUCCAACGGCAAGCCCAAUGACUUCCUCCGUAAGGUCUGGCACGGCUGUGUUCUCAUGGACCGAACGCUGUCCAUGACCUUCGGGCGUCCCGGAAUCAUCACUCCCCAAGCUGCAGCUUCAGUGCCUAGGCCUCAUCCUCAUGCCGGCUCCAGCGAAUGCUCAUGCCAUAGAGACCUCUAUGUGUUCCAGCCGUCUUCUCCUGAUCUUCACUUCUUCAUCGAAUCUCUCCAGCUGUACGAAACCAUGAGCGAGACGCUGGUGGCGCUCUACAGCCCGACAUCAGCAGAGAUGACAGACCCGGAGGACAGCUACAUUCGCUAUUUUGGCGGCAGUCCAGGCGCAAAAGGGGCUGGAACUGUGCUGGAAAUGGACAGCAAAUACUGGAUCUGGAGACGACGUCUGCCAAUACACCUUCGAUAUUCCCCGCACUCGUCCGAGCCCACGAACAUGAUUCAUGCCCGCCAGGCCAAGGUGCUUUACCUCCGAUACUGCCAUAUUCGGACACUACUCUUCCGGCCGGUCCUAUCUCGCUUCUGCACGACGAGCCAGCACGACGAAGAACCCCUCAGCAGCGAGGAUACCCUCGCGCGCAAGCUCGCGCUGCAGUGUUCGGUUAUGUGCGUGCAAAGCGCGCUGAACACUGUCGACUUGUUCGGCAGGAUCCAUGCAGAAUGCCGCCUGGAGCUGCUCGACGAUCUACUGCCCGCAUGGUGGUACAGUAUCUUCUACCUGUACACCGCGGCAACGGUCCUUGUCGCCGCUAGGCUCAAUCCAAUCGUCGAAGCCGAAGUGGGCGGCGAGGAGGUGAUCAUAAGCGCUGCUCGUACGGCGACGGCCGCACUUCAGAGGUAUGGCAGCUUCGGCAAACACGCCAAACGGUGCGCCGCAGCCAUUGCGUUGCUGUUCGAUCAGCUCCCUCCACGCCACAACGGAGCUCAGGCCCAGACACAGAAUCAGCCCAGGGCGACGGCCGUGGAGCAGACACAGCGCGGCGGUAACAACCAUGAUGGUAAUGUGCGACGGCCAAGUCUCCCACCGAAUGCCGACGGUGGUGAUACCUACCCCUCUACCAUCAACGGCAGCUCCGGGGCUUGGACGAAUUCCAGUCACCAUCAAACCAAUAGAAGCAGUACAACAACAACUACCGCCGGUCCCGCUGGUCCUCUUGCCGGUAGCAUCGUCAGCAGCGUCAACCUCAACACAAACGCCAACGCCUCCGCACCUCACGGCACCUGCGCACCAACGCUAUCGAGCAGCUCCGCCACAGACCACGGCAAAGGACCCGCGCUGGGUCCAAUGUCAACGUCCGCGCCGCCGCCGCCGCCGCCGCCGCCGCCAGCGUCGGUGCCGUUCAUGCUUAGCAGCGGCGGUUCCAGUGGCAGCGGUCUGUUCGGGACCGCCGCUGCCGUCGCGGACCUGUCCUCGUCAGCCAACUUCAAUCUCGACUUUGACCUCAACCUCGAUCUGGGCGGCGACAUGUCCUGGCUGAGCAGCAUUCCGUUCGACCUGUAUGGCGAGCUGUAAUGGCUGUGAUAGCGGUGAGUGUAAUAUACGAUCGCGAUCAUGACCAUGCCAUGUCAUCACUGGGUAUGGCCGGCAGGCAGAAAAGGAAGCCAUGAUGAAUUGGAAGAUGGGGACUGGCCAGUGCAAGCACUAGCCAAAACCCUCGUUCUCUCUAGUGAGGCUUGGACGGCACCGAACUUAAGCAAUAGUGAGGGAUCGUGGAUAGUGAUAUGAUUCUGGCAUGAUUCAUGUAUGGCCAUUUCCCUCUUCUUUCUCCUUGGAAAGAUCCAC